GUGAGGAGAAGAGUAAUGGUAAUAUGGUAUACCCGUGACAUUACAUUGUAUUUAAAAGGGCCAAACACACACUAGCUAGUCAUCCAUCUAUAAAUAUAUUAUCUGCAGCCAGUAAAUAAGUCGUGAUUUAUCGAACACACACAUGGAGGUGCUGCAACAUUUCAACGGCGAGGUCGCCGGAAACAGACCGUCGGGGUUGCGGCCGCAGCCGGACGACGACGCCGCCAUCGCGACGGCUGUCAGCAAUAUUAUCACUGAUGUUGUUAAGAAUGGUGAAAUUGCCAAGGAAGAGAGUUGUUUGGAGCACCAAACUGCAGAGUUUUGUAAUAAUGGAAAUGCGGAAGAUGAAGAAGAAGAAGAAAAGGAAUUGAAUUUGGAGAGAAACAAACAACGCCGCCGCCGCGUUUACCUCGACAAGAAUCUCCCAGAAUCUAUUAAAGCAGGUGACCACCACGAUGAUGGCGACAUCAAGACUUCCGCAGAGAUUGGAAACGUUGCAGAAAUCCACUCUCUCGUCAACGCCGCUCUGAGGGGUGACACAAAAGACGUCCAUGGAAGCUCGAGGGAAGAUGAAGUGAUAGAGCUGGAGUUCUUCGACAGCAGAGCCGCAGACAAGCUGCGCAGCACACACGACGCUUAUUGCCCACAUUGCAGGAACCCCAUUUCCAAGGUUGUUCUGAGGAUCAGGCGCGGAGCACCUGUGGGCCCGCUGCCGGCCCCGGAGCCAGCAGAGAAGGAUUUGGAUUUGCUUGGGUGUCUGUCAUGUUUCAAGAUUUUCCUUCCCUCCAGAGUAGCAGCAGCAGAUGGUGAAAAAAGUACAGAUGGGAGGGCUGGAGUGCAACAAGAAUCAAAAAGUGCAUCUCAUAAUGGGAAAUGCUUUGGCUUCCUGGAUUGGAUUUAUGAUGGGCAGAGAUCAACAACAACAAACUCAAACACAUCUCAAAAGCAACUAUCUGAUUCCGAGUCUUGUUCUUCUGGCCAAGGGAAGAAGAAGCCAGUUGAAGAGCAUUUAAGAGGAGACGGAGAUUGUCUUGUGCAGAGUGCUUCUACACCAUUACUUCAGGGAAUCCAAACUCCAUCUCCAGCAGAUUUGAAUGGUAAUGCAGCUGCUAUUAAACACGAGCCCCAUUAUCUCGGAAAGCCUUCUGCUGAAACACAUUUGGGUCUGGAAGAAAGGCAUUCUUCCUCAGGACGAGAGGUGCACAUUCCAAUUGAGGAGAGCACGAAUGAAGCAAGAGCUUUGACAACCACCACACAAGGUCCCACAGUGGAGAGUGGAAGAAGAGGUUCAAGUUCUAUAGAGGUCGUGAAGAGCGUCGUGUAUGGAGGUCUAGUGGAGGCAAUUGCAAGCUUAACUCUGGUUUCUUCUGCUGCAGCCUCUGGUGCCACCACAUUGAGAGUGUUUACUAUUGGGGUCGCAAAUCUCAUUGGUGGUCUUGUCAUCAUGGCACAUAAUUUUAUGGACUUGUACAAGAACCACCCCGCAAGUGAGUACCAAGAAGUCUUAGGCCAAAAAAAGCACUUCCUGCUUCAUGUCAUUGUUGCACUGUUAUCUUACCUCAUAUUCGGCCUGGCCCCACCCGUCAUCUACGGAUUCACAUUUCGCGAGGGAGACGAUAGAGACUCGAAGCUCUUAGCCGUUGCAGUGGCUUCGUUUGUGUUCAUCGUUCUUCUUUCCAUUGCAAAAGCUUACACCCAGAGAGGAGCCAACACGUUUAAGGAAUAUUCGCUAACUGUCUUGCAGUAUGCUGUUACUGCAGCUAUGGCUUCUGGUGUUUCUUAUGUGGUGGGUGAUUUGUUUGGGAAGAUGAUGGACGAACUUGGCUGGUACAACUCAACCCCACCCAACGUUGUUCUUCCAUCUACGCAUCCAAGCUGGGUUUCGUAUUGAUUCUUGUAAUCCCAAUCGGUCAUCAGCCCAGUUUCUUCUCUAGUUUCUUUUUUCAAAGUGUUUCCCCCUGUUUUUGAUUUGAGAACUUCUGUAAUGCAAUACCAUAUGGUUACUAGUUAGUAACAGGAUGUAAUAUAAUGAAGCAAUUUAAGUUGA